UAAUCCCAAAAAAAAAAAGCCAAAAAAGUCUCAGAAUUCACACAACACAAAACGCACACUUUUUCUCUUUGCCAAAGCGCAAACCAAACCUCACUUUCUCUCUCUCUCUGAAGCUUUCGGGAAAUCGACCACAAUGGCGAGGCCAUCGCAGCAGGAGAUCGACACGUUCGUCGCCAUCACCGGCGCGUCUGAGUCAAUCGCUCUUCGUAAACUGGAGGAGCAUGGAGGCAAUCUCAAUGAAGCUGUAAAUGCACAUUAUGGUGAUGUGGGUAGACACAUUACAAAUCAAGCAGCUGCUACUUCCCAGCCAUAUAAUUUCCCGAACAUGAAUGGUCCGGUUCAAGCCGGACCACAUGGGAUUUUACCAUUAUUAUCUGCUGCUAGAAGUUUCAGGCCUUCAUUACUGCUUGACGCCAAUUACCGGAGAGAUCUCUAUAAUUCAAUUGGUGCUUCUGCUUUCGGUACUCGUGGGUCAUAUGUUUCACAUCCAGGGGAGGUCAGGGAGUCUCCACAACACUUGAAUAGUAGGAAUGAGCAGCCUCAUCAUUCAGGACUAAGGCAGACGGAGUAUGAUACUGGAACUUCAUUACCUCAUGGUCCGGGAACCGAUGAAAAUGUAGAGGAAGAAAUGAUUCGAGCUGCUAUUGAGGCUUCAAAGCAGGAGGCUGAAAGGAAUUAUCUGAAUCAGCUACGUAGUGCUUCAAAUGAUUCUUCUGGUAUUGGGCUACUGCAUAACCAACAUCACCCAGAAGACGAUGAUAUUUCUCGUGCAAUUUCAUUGUCCUUGAAGACAGCAGAGCAAGAGAUAGCAAUUCGUGAGCAGCAAGUAAAAAAUGAAGAUCAAGGAGCUGGAUCUUCUGAUUUGAUUGGUAGAAAUGAGAAAGCUAAGAAAAGUAAAUGGAAGUUGAAGCGAGGAAGUUCAUCGCACAAAGAUGGAGCUGAAAAUAGGAAACAACACAGCACAGACAAGUGGGGAGGCAUUUCUUUGGAAGAGCUUGAUGAUGCAGCUAUGAUUGAAGCUGCACUUUUUGGAAAAAUUCCUGAAGGGACUUCGAAUCACUAUCAGCAUGCACCUAAUAUGCAAAGUGGUCAAGAUAGAAGCUCCAGUUCUCAUUCUGUACCUCAUCCUCCAUCACCCUUUCUAACAGAACAGCAAUCUCUAAGAGAACAACAGGAGACUGAAACUCAUCAAUUAAGGGAAGACAAAUUCUGCAACAAAUUGCUUGAGGGAGAGUUAGUAUCAAAUUUCUGUUGGGUUUUGGUGUUCUUGCAGAUGCCUAGUGUUUGCUGAAGAUUCAUUGACAUUUUUUGGCAUGUUUCUUUUUUAUCAUAUCAAUAUAGUCAACAGGGUUUGUUUAAGAUGUAGUUAAAUUCUUUUGUAAUUAAAUAGUGCAUGAGAUACAAGGGCAGAAUAUAAGUUUUGAGUGCUUCAUCUGUUUACAACAGUUUUACAUGCUUAAAGACAUAUAUAUAUAUAUAUUAUCCCCACCUUUUUUUUCUUAAGUGUAUGUUAUAUUGCCUGGGUUUGAGGUUAAGAAAUAAUCCAGAAUGAAGUGGAAUUAUUGAUGUGAAAAGUCUGAGGUUUUGAAUUUUCCAAAAGUAAUGAAACAUUUUUCCUGGUGAGAGAGUGAUUGUUGCCAGCCGUAGGUAUAUGUCUUAAAUUGUAAGAAAUAAAUGCGUGGUUAUGUAUAUUUUCUUGUAUAGAGAGGGAACUCCCAUUAUGAUUUGUUUAGUGGUAGCUAGGCUGUUCAUAUCUCUCUCUCUUUUUGAUGACAGGAACUGGAGAGAAUACUAGCUGCAAAAGAAGCUUCACUUUCAAAGGAACCAGCAAAAGAUAAUGAGAAUGCAGUAACUC